UGGCAAGGAAUGCUGGGAACUGGAGUCCAAAGGAACCAGUUAGCCGACCAAAGUUGCAAAGGGAAGGCCUAACUCAAGGAGGCGGAGCUUGAGACGGCGUCGUCAGAGCUGGGGGCGUGUCCGGCGCUCAGGCGGCCCCGCCCCCUGGAGCAAGGGCUCUGAGCUUUCUUUCCUCUGCAGCUGAUGCGCAUUAGGCGUCCACACGCGGGCUUUGCACGGGAUAGCAGCUUCCAUGGCGUCUCCUCCGGACUCCCCGGCCAGCAAGAGGCUGCAUUCAAGGACGGAGGCCUCGUGCCUGGCGCUGGCCCUGGAAGGGGAGCGCUCCUGCAAGGCGGGGGACUUCCGGGCGGCGGUGUCCCUCUUUGAGGCGGCCCUCCAAGCCGGGACCCCGGAGCCCCAGACCCUGAGUGCCAUCUACAGCCAGAUGGGCAACGCCUGCUUCUACCUCAAGGAAUACCCCAAGGCCCUCCAGUUCCACAGCCACGACCUCACCUUGGCCAGGGCCCUGGGGGACCGCAUUGGAGAGGCCAAGGCAAGCGGGAACCUGGGAAACACCCUCAAAACCCUGGGCCAAUUUGAGGAAGCUGUUGCCUGCUGCCAGAGGCAUUUGGACAUUUCCCAAGAGCAAGGAGACAAGGUUGGGGAAGCCAGGGCCCUGUAUAACCUGGGCAACGUCUAUCACGCAAAGGGCAAGCAGCUCUCUUGGAGUUUGCCCCAGGAUUCUGGCCAAGGCCUUCCUCUGGAAGUCAAGGAAGCCCUGGAAAAGGCCUCCGAAUAUUAUGGGCGGGCCCUGUCUCUGGCGCAGUGCCUGGGGGACCGUGCGGCCGCAGGGCGGGCGCUGGGCAACCUGGGCAACUCCCAUUACCUGCUGGGCCACUUCAGCCAAGCCAUCCUCUUCCACAAACAGCGCCUGGCCAUCGCCAAGGAAUUCGGGGACACGGCAGCCCAAAGGCGGGCCUACAGUAACCUUGGCAACGCCCACAUCUUCCUGGGAAAGUUCGACCUCUCUGCUGAGUUUUACAAGAAAACGCUUCAACUCGCCAGGCAGCUCAAGGACCCUUUGGUGGAAGCGCAGUCCUGCUAUAGCCUGGGAAACACCUAUUCGCUCCUCCAGGAAUACGAAAAGGCCAUUGAAUACCAUUUGAAACACUUGACCAUUGCUCAGGAACUGGGAGACAGAGUUGGAGAAGGAAGGGCUUGCUGGAGCCUUGAAAACGCCUACACUUCCCUCGGAAAUCACGAACGCGCCUUGCAUUUUGCAGAGAGACACCUUGAAAUCUCCCAAGAGAUUGGAGACCCCAAUGGAGAGAAAAUUGCCUCUGCAGCCAUUGACCAGUUGAAGUCCAUCUUGGGUCCAAAGGAGAGAAAUGACCAUUUGGAUGAAUUGGCUUCCAGCGCAAGAUACGAAGGGCAAGGUGCAAAGCCAAAGCGGAUACAGAGGCCUGGGAUGAACAAGUUCUCUUCCGAAAAGGAACAGAAUGGAGAGGCCCCUCCUCUGCCUCUUCGCCCCAACAGACCCAGGGGUCAGCGGUCAGUUUUGGAGGUCAAGCGUCCCUUGGAGACCAGCGACGUCCAGGUCCACGUCUCACCGCUGAGGGUCCCAUUGGAGGAAGAAGAGGAGGAAGAGGAAGAGGGGGAGGAGGAAGGCUUCUUUGAGCUGCUGAGCAGGUUCCAGAGGCACCGGAUGGAGGACCAGCGCUGCCCUUGGGAGGAGGAGGAGGAGGAGAAAGGCCACCCCUCCUCCUGCCCCCCAGCGGUGCCCCCUUCCUCCUCCCCGCAGACGGAGCAGCUCCUGGACCUGAUUGCCUGCUCUCAAGGCCGGCGCUUGGAAGACCAGCGGGCGCCUCCUUCUUCCUCGGGGGGAGGCGGCCUCCCGGGGCUCCGCCUCCCUUUUCUGCACAAGGAGGAGGAGCCUAACAUAAGCCCCGCCCACCAGGACCCCGGAGGAAGCAGCAGCAGCAGCAGUGAGGCCUUCUUCCAGAUGCUGAUCAAGUGCCAGUCCUCCCGCCUGGACGACCAGCGCUGUGCCCCCCCUCCGGCCGCGUCCCCCCCUCCUCCUUCUCCGCCGGACGAGGACUUCUUCAGCCUCAUCCAGAGGGUCCAGGCCAAGCGCAUGAACGAGCAGCGGGUGGACCUCCCUUCCGCAGCCGAAGAGGAGGAACAAGAGGGUCUGGACGCGGAAGGACCCUCUUAAAGGUGGACGCUCCCUUUCGUCAUCUCCAAAUGAGGACUGUCAACAAAGGGACUUGGGUUUGCGCCCCAAAGCUGGACUUUUGCGCCUCUGACCACCGUCUUGUUUUGAACCCAACGGGCAGAUGGGAGGAACCUCAAAGGGCAAUCUAUGCAAAGCAGAGAGAGGGAGGAUGGUCUGGGCAGCCACAAAGGCCACUCCGGAUCCUGUGACAGAGCCAUCCUGGAGCAAGGCCUCGGGUGUCAGGGAUAGAGAGAGGAAAUAGGUAAGAGCAGAUCGAUAGAUCAAUAUGUAAGUAAGAUAGAAGAAAUAGAGGAGUACAGGAAAUAUAUAAAUAGGUAGGAAAGAGCAAUAGAUAGAUAAAUAAAUAAAUAGAGGAAAUAUUUUAUUACAGUCCAUAGGGAAUUGAAUAGGUGUGUGUAUGUAUGU